GGGCUGCGGGCGUUGUGCGGCGGUGUCCGCGUGGGGGCAUUGGUUCCCCCGCACCUCUGGGUGCUUUUACGCUCCGGAAUUCAACCGCGCGAUGGCAGCCAGUCCCAUCGUGACGUCUAAGCGGCGGGAGGAAGCGGUCCGCGGGGUCCGCACCGAGGUGGUUUGCACCGCGUUCUCCAACUCCAUCCUCGUGGUGGUCACGCAGUACGGCAAGAUGGGCACGCUCGUCUACGUGAACCCCGAUACCAUAGGGGACAACGUUGGCAGGCCUUCGCUCAGCACCAAAGUGCUGCUGGGCAAGGAUGAGCCCCUCGUCCAUGUUUGUGCCAAGAACCUGGUGGCAUUCGUGUCUCAAGAAGCUGGGAACAAACCUGUUCUUCUCGCUAUGGCUUUGAAGGACAAGACCAUGGAAGGAAUACAAGCUCUACGGGAAGUGAUCCGAAGUUGCCAAGUGUGGUGAAGUUGUACCAUCUGGAUUCAAGGAAAUGAUCUGGAGUCCAUGACUCAUCACCACUUCUUUGAGAGGACAAGAAAUGAAAAUGAUGGAAUGUCUUUGUGCUGGUUUUGGACACGCUUAGGAAUGUGAUGAAUUUUUCUCUACUGUGUAGAAUGGUUGUGGGUUUUCUUCCUGUGACAGGUUUGCAGUCCAGAUAGUUGGUGAUGAGAUGAGAACAAUUGCCUCAAUAGACAAGAGAAAUGUUAUAUUUUCACCUGGGGAGGGGUGUAUAUUUGGGAAACGUCACAGCUCUGCAUUUGUGCCCGAGGAGUGAUGGAUGCCAAGCUCUGUAGCUACACUGCACCGCAAAGGGGAACACCCAGUGCAGAGUGAGUAAAAGAAACAUUGAUGAAUCUAAUUUUACAUGGUUGGUUGGUUGUUUUUUUCGCUCUGCAAAAAUCACUUCAAUUGAAAUACAAGCCUCCUUAACAAAUAAACAGCAAUUGCAUAAUAGGAAA